CCAGGGCCUGGGGAUCACACAGGAUCCGGAGCUGGUGCUGAUAACAGCGGAAUCCCCCGUCUACCUCUCUCCUUGGUCCUGGAAUAGCGCUACCGAUCACCAAGUAGCCAUAAAAUAAUAAAUGCUCAGCACUCGCUCAGUAGUUUUGUGAAUGUCUCAAGUAAAAGAGACAUAGGCAAAAAAAAAAAUUUUUUUUUGCGUGGACUCCAAAAAUAAAAUUCUCUAGGGAUUAAAAAAAAAAAAGAAAGAAAGAAAAUGCCAGCCGAUAUAAUGGAGAAAAAUUCCUCGUCCCCGGUGGCUGCUACCCCAGCCAGUGUCAACACGACACCGGAUAAACCAAAGACAGCAUCUGAGCACAGAAAGUCAUCCAAACCUAUCAUGGAGAAAAGACGAAGAGCAAGAAUAAAUGAAAGCCUGAGCCAGCUGAAAACGCUCAUUUUGGAUGCUCUUAAGAAAGAUAGCUCCCGGCAUUCCAAGCUGGAGAAGGCGGACAUUCUGGAAAUGACAGUGAAGCACCUCCGGAACCUGCAGCGGGCGCAAAUGACUGCUGCGCUGAGCACAGACCCGAGCGUGCUGGGGAAGUACCGCGCCGGCUUCAGCGAGUGCAUGAACGAGGUGACCCGCUUCCUGUCCACGUGCGAGGGCGUUAACACCGAGGUACGCACUCGGCUGCUCGGCCACCUGGCCAACUGCAUGACCCAGAUCAACGCCAUGACCUACCCUGGGCAGCCGCAUCCCGCCUUGCAGGCGCCGCCGCCGCCCCCGCCAGGACCCGGCGGCCCCCAGCACGCGCCGUUCGCGCCGCCGCCGCCACCGCUCGUGCCCAUCCCCGGAGGUGCGGCGCCCCCUCCCGGUGGCGCACCCUGCAAGUUGGGCAGCCAGGCUGGAGAGGCGGCCAAGGUGUUUGGCGGCUUCCAGGUGGUGCCGGCUCCUGAUGGCCAAUUUGCCUUCCUCAUCCCGAAUGGGGCCUUCGCUCACAGCGGCCCAGUCAUCCCAGUCUACACCAGCAACAGUGGGACCUCAGUGGGUCCCAACGCAGUAUCUCCUUCCAGCGGCUCCUCGCUCACGGCGGACUCCAUGUGGAGGCCGUGGCGGAACUGAGGGGCUCAGGCCACCCUUCCCUUAAGCUCCCCAGCCCACUCUCUCCCCUCCGGACACUAAACAGGAACUUGGAUGUUAGGAGAGAAGACUUUUGUGAUUAAGUGGUUACUCCGUUUUGUUUUGUUUUUAAUUUCUAAAAAGUUACUUUUUUGUAGAGAGCUGUAUUAAGUGACUGACCAUGCACUAUAUUUGUACAUAUUUUAUAUGUUCAUAUUGGAUUGCGCCUUUGUAUUAUAAAAGUUGAGAUGACAUUUCGUUUUUUACACGAGAUUUCUUUUUUAUGUGAUGCCAAAGAUGUUUGAAAAUGCUCUUAAAGUAUCUUCCUUUGGGGAAGUUUGAGAAAAUAAAAGAAGUGAAGGCUUUUA